AUGGAAAAGUCGCAGUAUAUACGUUUGAAAGAGAAAAAGCACUGGAAGGGAGGCGCUGCCAAAACAUCCUUACGCCGCAUCGAGCCGGACUUAGAACAAACCUUGGAUGACCAACGAAUCGCUGCGAUGCUGCAGAAUGAAGAGUUCAUGCAACGUUUACGGGCUGAUGCCGACUUCAUGUCCGCAUUGGAACGAGAUAUGGCAAAAAAGAAGCACAAAAGUGAAAAACGCGCUGCCGCAAAAAACGCCUACUUAAAACCACCGACUGAUCCGGUUUCUUCAGUGAUCGACGAAGGGCCACCCCUCGAUGCUUCGCCUUUUCCGUAUACUAAGCAACUGGAGUCUACUUCACCGACGACGGAUUUUCGAGACAAACUUAAAUACAUGGGCAAAAGUAAGUGA